CUGAGGUCACCUGCGUCAUCCAGGAGAGCGCACCAGUCGCGGGCUCCUCUCCAUCUCCAAAAGAUUGUUCAAGCCACUUCAGCUCCUUGAGGAAACGACUAAUUAGAGUAGAAUCUAUUUAUUUUGGUGGCUAUAUUUGAGCAUUUCCUGGUAAUGAUGCAGGAUAAAGGCUCAUUUAUCAACUCGUUCUUCAGACCUCGGUGUCUGGCGGCGGCGGCGGCGCCGGCGGGGAAAACGAAACUAACUCACCCCGGGAAGGCGAUUCUGGCAGGCGGCAUCGCAGGUGGCAUAGAGAUCUGCAUCACCUUCCCCACAGAGUACGUCAAGACCCAGUUACAGCUGGAUGAGAGGGCCAACCCGCCCAGAUACAGAGGAAUAGGUGACUGCGUGAAACAGACGGUUCAGGGUCACGGUGUUAAAGGCCUGUACAGAGGACUCAGCUCACUGCUGUAUGGAUCCAUACCCAAAUCUGCAGUCAGGUUCGGGGUGUUUGAGUUCCUCAGCAACCACGUCAGGGACGAGUCCGGCCGCCUGGACAGCACCAGAGGCCUGCUGUGUGGGCUCGGCGCCGGCAUCCUGGAGGCCGUGCUGGUGGUCUGCCCCAUGGAAACCGUCAAGGUUAAAUUUAUUCAUGACCAGUCUUCAGCCAACCCCAAAUACAAGGGCUUCAACCACGGAGUCCGAGAGAUCAUCAAGGCACACGGAAUCAGAGGGACAUAUCAGGGUCUCACUGCCACGGUCCUCAAACAAGGCUCCAACCAAGCUAUUCGGUUCUAUGUGAUGACUUCUCUCAAGAACUGGUACAAAGGCGACGACCCCAACAAAGCCAUGAAUCCCCUGUUGACCGGAGCCUUCGGAGCCGUGGCCGGUGCCGCCAGCGUCUUUGGGAACACCCCGCUAGACGUCAUCAAGACAAGGAUGCAGGGUCUGGAGGCGCAUAAAUAUAAAAGCACAAUGGACUGUGCUUCAAAGAUCCUGAGACAUGAAGGCGUGGCGGCUUUCUACAAAGGGACGGUUCCUCGGCUGUGCCGCGUGUGUCUGGACGUGGCCAUCGUGUUCAUCAUCUACGAGGAGGUGGUGAAGGUCCUGAACGUGGCCUGGAAGACGGACUGAGCGAUCGCAGAGAGAGAGAGAGAGAGAGAGAAAGAGAGUGAGAGAGAGAGAGAGAAAGAGAGUGAGAGAGAGUUUCUAAGUGUGAGACUCGGCUCACCAACGUGAUUUCCUUUUUAAAAGCGUCCGUUCUUUUUUCUCCAAGUUAUCUGGCUCGCUUUCUGGCAAACCCCCUGAGUAACACAGUCUCCUCCGUCGGUGAAGAGCAUCGUUCCUCGUCGCCGUCGCAGAUGUUCGACCCAUGUUGACGGCGAGCGACUCGCUGGAGUCGCUUUCUGCUUCUUCUCGUGCCGAACACACGGUUUCACACCCAGAGGAGCCAGACUGCAGUUUACACUCCCAUAGAUUGACUUCCGUAGCUACGACGUUAUAUGGAGCGGUUUUACGUUUAUGAUACACCGAUUAUUUUUAUACAGCGUAGAUUCUAAUUUAGUCGUAUUACCAGCAGUGUAGUUUUAUUGCAAAGUAUGAUACAUUUUAUAAUAAUAAUAAUAAUAAUAAUAAAACUUCAUGCUUUUAUUGUCUUCUUACGUUAAGUAGGUUUUAAUAUGUUCCCGACUUCAGUAUUGCGACAUCGUUGAUGGGAAACUCAUUGAUCUGAUAUUUAACCUCUGAUGAGGGUUCGCUGCUUCAUUCACUGUGAAGGUCUUUUCAAAAGUGCCUUUUCCUGAUAAAUACCCCCCCCCCCAUCUGUUUAUUUUUUAUACAUUUCUGUGAUCCAAUCAGAAACACAUGUUCAUGAACACAGUCACAAUCUGUGUCUCUCACUGUGAUAACUAUCAACAAUACUGAUGGAUUAUGUUUCCCCAUUUUCAUCUAAAUUCUGCCAAAUAGCCAUGAAGAAAAUGUGAUUGUCACAGCAAACCAAUGUAGUGUGUGUAGUUUCUUUAUGAUGAAACCUGUGCAAUAAACACCGCCCCUACCUUCA